CAUUGCCAGCCACACUAUAAAGCGCUCUGCUUCGCCUUUGCUCCGACCGGGUCGGGUUCAGCUCAGGUCAGCUCCGCCGCCGCCACGCUAGGCUGGGAGGGAGGGAGGAGGAGGCUGCGGCGGGCGCGCAUGGGGGCGAGGUGAGGUCAGAGCGGGCAGCAGCCGGCCCCGACCGGCCACGCCCCGGACCGGGUGGAGCACACCGUGGCAUGAUUGGGUCCAUGGCCUGACCCCGCCUCCCCCUCUCGCUCCCCUUUUGCUGCUGCUCUGCUACUUCCUACUCUUCACUCUGCUCCCGGGGUGUGGUGGCCACCUGCUACCUCUUCUCCCUCCCUCUCCCCCUUUUGCUGCUCCUCCUCCCCGAGCUUGCUGCGACGACGCGUCGACGGAAAGAGGAGGAGUUGCUUGCUGCCGCUGAUCCAUCCCUGCCCUGCUUCUUCUCUGCUCUGCUGUGCAGGCGUUGUCCCGGCUGUGCCGCAUUAAAGGCAAAGCUGGUUUUUUUUUUCUUCUCCUACCCUGUUUAGCAGCGACCAAGAUCCGUCUCGUCGCGGAAGAUGAGGAGAUCUGCAUCUGUCCUUUUGGUUUUCAUAACCAUGGUUGCGACUCAAUGGUCCAGUGUAUCCAGUACAUACUGCAAGGACAUGGCAUCAAGCGUAUAUCGACCCCACAGUGUCACAAUAACUGAAUUCGGUGCUGUUGGGGAUGGUGUGACUCUCAAUACAAAAGCAUUCCAGAACGCAAUCUUCUACCUCAAUUCAUUUGCAGACAAGGGUGGCGCACAGCUCUUUGUGCCUGCAGGAAGAUGGUUGACAGGGAGUUUUAGUCUUAUCAGCCAUCUCACUCUGUCACUGGAUAAGGAUGCAGAAAUAAUUGGAUCUCCGGAUUCAUCCAAUUGGCCAGCCAUUGAUCCUCUUCCAUCCUAUGGACGAGGUAGAGAGCUCCCUGGAAAAAGACACCAGAGUCUAAUUUUUGGAUCUAAUCUAACAGAUGUAAUAAUUACUGGUGCUAACGGUACCAUUGAUGGCCAAGGAGCCAUUUGGUGGGAUUGGUUCUACAACAACACACUGAAUUAUACUAGGCCACAUCUUGUUGAGUUGAUGUACUCCACCGAUGUUGUUAUAUCCAAUUUAACCUUCAAGAACUCACCGUAUUGGAAUAUCCAUCCUGUAUACUGCAGCCAAGUGCUUGUCCAGCAUGUCACAAUCCUAGCGCCCCUGAAUUCACCAAAUACUGCUGGCAUUAAUCCAGAUUCGUCCACAAACGUCUGCAUUGAUCAUUGUUAUGUCAGAAAUGGAGAUGAUGUUAUUGUCAUUAAGAGUGGGUGGGAUGAGUAUGGCAUUUCCUUUGCUCGUCCUAGCACAAACAUCAGUAUCAGCAACAUCACAGGAGAGACAAGGGGUGGUGCGGGGAUUGCCUUUGGAAGUGAGAUGUCAGGUGGCAUAUCCGAAGUCCGGGCUGAGGGCCUCCGCAUCGUCAACUCAAUGCAUGGGAUCAGAAUCAAGACCGCUCCAGGGCGUGGAGGGUAUGUCAAGAACGUGUACAUAUCUGAUGUGACCAUGGACAAUGUUUCAAUGGCCAUCAGGAUCACUGGAAACUUUGGUGAGCAUCCUGAUGACAAAUAUGACAGGAAUGCUCUCCCCAUGAUAAGCAAUAUUACAAUCAAAAACUUGGUCGGCGUCAACGUUGGUGUUGCUGGCAUCUUGGAGGGAAUUGAGGGGGACAACUUCAGCAGCAUUUGCCUGUCCAAUGUUUCCCUCAGUGUACAAUCUAUGCAUCCAUGGAAUUGUUCACUUAUCCAAGGUUAUUCGAACUCUGUGAUCCCAGAGUCAUGUGAGCAACUCAGAACAGAUUGUGGACAGACACCAAUUUGCUAUGAUGGUGGCAGUUCAUCAGCAAUACAUGCACAGGAACCCAGACAUAGAUUGUGGAGUGCAACCAGAUUGCUAAAUCCUUUACUGAAGUCGGCGACGCUGUAGUGUAGGUAGCUCCGUUUAUUUGCUGCAGAGGGGCUUUGCUUGGUGGGAUGCGUCAUGUACAUCUGAUUCUUGCGAUUGUUUUUGCUUAGCAUGAUGUUUGCUUCUUGUAUAUAGUUGUGGAGAUGAAUGUUGGUGUACCAUGCAUGUUUUUGUCACCAUAUUUUAUUUAUGAUCUGUCUGUUGCUUAGCCUUUCGUUGGGAAGAAAACAGUAUGAUCAUCCUUCCAAUAUGUCUAGUUUUGUGGGUAGGGAUCAUCAAUUGUAACUUGUAAGUUGAGUAGCAACAAGAGGCAUGUUAUCCUAUUCUUUCUUAAUUUCUUCUUUUCUUUUCUUCGUUUCAAGAUGAAGAGAAGAGUAAAUUUUAGGAACUCAUGGAAGGAAAAUGUUGAUUGCUUCCUGAGUAUGCAAAUCUCCUUGUUAUCAGCAAUGUACUUAU